GCUGCAGCCCGAGGUCACGGUGGGGCUCGGACGCGUGUGCCGGGGCCUCCCGCCACAAGCGCGUCGCGCUCAGCCACCGGCCUUCUCCACCAAACCACUCAAUCCUGUCGUUCUCGGAUGCGACAAUAACGCGACAUACAGCAACAGCAAAACUCUGGUGGAAGAUAUGAACAGAGUACUUAGACACCCGCUGUUCGGCAGCGGACCAGUGUGCAGGCGAGGCGAUGCUCUCAUGACCGUCAGCUGAGCCCUGUACACCCUCCACCUGACGGUCCGCCCAUCGUCAUAAAUCAUUUUCUAGCAGGCCUCCUAUACCGCACCGUCUCCACAACCCGAAUAUAAAGCGCCCUGCUCGCUGUCCAAACCAACAGUCUCCGCAAAGUCCGAACUCUGAUUCAGACAGGCUAUCCGACGGUCCUAGUUUACUGUAACCAUCUUCGACGUCCACUCGUCAUGCAGCACGCCCGUAUCGCACGCUCCGCUCUCCGCUCUGGGAGAUACGUCUCUGCUGCUCCGCGAUAUGCGGCCUUCUCGACUGCGCGCGUCGCCCACGCCGAGUCCCCCUCGAGUACCUCCGCCCAGAAGAAGAAGAGCGUCCUCCCGCCGUACGCACCCGUCGGUGUAGCCGCAGCACUCGAUGCCUCUCCCUCUUCCCCUGCGAAGCCCACGCUCUUUGAGAAGGAGCUCUCCCUCUCCGACCGUGUCGCCCUCGUCUCCGGGGCGAACCGCGGGCUCGGGCUCGAAAUGGCCAUGGCCCUCAUCGAGGCGGGCGCGCGGGCGGUGUACUGUGCAGACCUCCCGAAGACGCCGGGCGAUGAGUGGCAGAAGGUCAAGCAGUACCUCGACCGGAUGGAGGGUAAGGGGCGGCUCGAGUACAUCAGCGCGGACGUCCGAGACCAGGAGACGAUGUGGAAGCUGGGUGAGAUGAUCGGCGACAAGGAGGGCCGUAUGGACGUUUGUGUCGCUGCUGCGGGCAUCCUGAGGCCCGACCAGGACUGCCUGGAGUACGAUGCAAAGACCUUCCAGGAGGUCAUGGACGUAAACGUCAACGGCGUGCUCCACACCGCGCAGGCUGCAGGCCGCCAGAUGAGGCGCUUCGGGAACGGCGGGAGCAUCAUCCUCAUCGCGAGCAUGAGCGGCAGCAUCACCAACAUCGGCCAAAAAUGGGUGUCGUACAACACCUCCAAGUCCGCUGUGAAGCAGAUGGGCCGCAGCAUGGCGUGCGAGCUCGCCGCACAGGGCAUCCGUGUCAACACCCUCAGUCCGGGCUACAUCUACACCACGCUGACUGCUCUCUUCACCGACUCGCAGCCGGGUCUGCUCGAGAAGUGGUCAAGCCAGAACCCGACCGGACGGCUCGGCCGCCCCGACGAGCUGCGCGGUGUCAUCGCUUGGCUCGCGAGCGACGCGAGCACCUACUGCACGGGCAGCGACAUUAUCGUCGACGGCGGACACCGCGCUUGGUAGUCACGCGAUAGCGUCUGACAUGGGUUGUAGUUUGCGUUUUGUUGCGUCGUCUGCGUGUAUUAUAGUCUCCGUGCUGUGUAUGUAUCAAUACGAUCAUUGUCGAACUACACCGGGACCUCUGCCGGGCCUUCCGAACACGUACUACACGCUGACGGCUUCCUACUGUGCACUAAGUCAUUCCUUCGAGCGUAUGCUGCGUGAGUACGUCGCCAACGCCUAGCGAUGGGUCACCCAGUGAACGCGACUGAGGAGGAUGGGUCAAGGGGAAGGACAGGACCUGCC